AUUUAACUCUGAAAAUAGGAGGGAGUACUGUAUUAUAAAUUGAAGUGAAGGAACAAGUUCAAAUGUAGUGAAAAUGGCGAUGGAAGAGAAUGAACAAAGUGCAAUAGCGCAUGUUGUUUUCAUACCAUACGCCAUGACGAGUCAUAUAACUCCAUUGGUGCAUAUUGCUAGACUCUUGGCCUUCCAUGGCCUCAAAGUUACGAUCAUUGCCCCUCCACAUAAUGCCCUUCUUUUUCAGUCCUCUGUCGACAGAGACUGUCUGUUUUGGGGCAGUAAUAUUAGUGUCCGGACAAUUCAAUUUCCGUCAGAGGAAAUUGGAUUACCUGUGGGAAUUGAAAACUUCAUCGCAAGCCCUUCUAUGGAAAUAGUUGGCAAAGUUCACUAUGGGUUUCUUCUGCUCCAAAAGCCUAUGGAGCAAAUGAUUCGGGAGCUCAACCCAAACUGCAUAAUUUCCGAUAUGUUCUUCCCUUGGACUGUCGAUUUAGCUGAGGAGCUGCAAAUUCCAAGAUUCUCUUUUCAACCAGGCACUUUCGUUCAUCAAUGUGCUUGGGUUUUCAUCAGGGAAUUAAAACCUUACGAGAAUCAUGUGAGUUUUUCGAUUCCUGGUUUGCCUCUGGACAUCCAAAUGAAAGUCUCGGAGAUUGAAGAUUUUCUUAAAGGGGAAACUGAGUACAGAAAGACAGUGGAGGAUGUUUUACAAGCUGAGAUACGUAGCCAUGGUAUUAUUCACAACACUUGCUCUGAGCUGGAACCUGGGUUUGCCCAACUCUACGAAAAAGCUAGAGGAGUCAAAGGGUGGCAUAUAGGUCCAGUUGCUCUGUUUAUCAACAACUAUGAAGCCGAAAAUUCAUGUUGUGACCCUUGGAAAGGGUACGGUGAUUGUUUCGAUUGGCUUGAAAAUCAACAAUCUAAAUCUGUUCUGUUUGUUUGCUUUGGAAGCAUGAUCAGGUUUUCGGACGAUCAGCUUAAGGAAAUGGCUGUUGGAUUAAAGGCUGCAAACUGUCCAACUAUUUGGGUUUUCAAGGAGCAGGACAAAAAUGGCUUCUGUUCUAAACGUUUGAAAGAAAUGAAAGGGGAAAAUAUGUUUAUCAUCGAAGGCUGGGCACCACAAGUAUCAAUCCUGAAACAUGGAGCGAUUGGUGGAUUCUUAACUCAUUGUGGUUGGAACUCUAUACUUGAAUCUCUAUCCGUAGGUGUUCCAUUGAUCACAUGGCCACUUUUCUCAGACAAUUUCUAUACGGACAAGCUUUUGGAGAAACUUGGCCUUGCUAUUGGAAUUGGAGCAGAUGUGUGGAAUCCGGGGUUUAUAUUAUCAUGUCCAUCACUCUCAGGAGAGAAGAUAGAGUUGGCGGUCAAGCGUUUGAUCAAUAAUUCAGAGGAAAGUAGAAAUAUUAGAGAAAAUGCAAAGUUGAUGGCAAAGAAACUCAAAGUUGCCACGGAAGAAGGUGGUUCCUCUCAUGCACAGCUCAUGGGGUUGAUUCACGAGAUCAAGCGUUGUGCUCUCAAAAAAUCUUCACUUUGAAAUAAAUUUUAUUAUGUACGUUUUCUCUUCUUAAUUAAUUAGCCAUGCUUUGCACUUCUCAUGCAAUAUUUUGAGCAAAAUACAAGUCCUUAUUACUUAAACUCCAUUAUUAUCAUUAUUAGUAUAAUAUA